CUGGAUUAUGCGGCGUCUAUGGGCAGAUAAGGCGCACCACCUCUCACAUCGAGUCUCGCUACGUUGACUGCGGCGACGACUUCGGUGGCGGCGUAAGCGAGCGGCUAUCCCCUUUCCUCGCGCGUCAUGGGCCUGGAGGAAACAGGGAGGUGACAGUCGAGGGCGUUGACUCUGACGGGCGACCCACGCGCUUCAAGUUCAAGCUGCAUGAGGACGAAGUGGAGGAUUUUGAGGGGCCCGCCACGCAUGAUGGCUGCGUGGAGGUCUGCACCGCAUUCGCGGAGAAGAUCGUCUUUGAGCUGGAGUCCCGGCUUGGCGACCUUGAGGGAAUGGCAGGGGCCAAGCUAUUCACCCCUGACGAGUAUCCACUGGACCGAGGCGAAAGGCUCGCCAGAUGCCUUCAGUGGCUGUCGUCCCUGGUCACUCUGUUCAAGGCAGACAAGAGCGAAGAAAUCCUGCCUG